CUCACCAUAACAUUGGGUUUCCACCGCCAGAACGGAGGCCAUAACCUCUCCCUCUCCCGGUAACAGGCAGCCGGGGCGCAUCUGAUCACUUAAUCAUCGUCUAUAACAACAACAUUAAAUUUCUGCUCCGCCUGUAGGUUGUUGAAAAAGCAUCAACAAAAGCAGCAACAUCCAGCCACCACUGGACCACCAAUGACUUCUGGCUGUUUAUCUUCCAACAGGUUACAGACAGAUUUAUGAAAAACAUGGCAACAUUUAUAACAGGAGUGGGAAAGGUAUGGACACCUUUCAUGCUGCAUAGAUGUGUUAGCACUUCUGCACCACUUUCAGCACGAGGUAUUCGACGAGUUUUACGCAGCCUCAACCUGAGUGAAGAGGAAACUGGGGAUCUUAGUAUCGAUGAAUUAGAAGCUAUAUCAUCUUCAGACAUGGAGGCCCUGCAAGGCCAAGCAUCACAGAUUGAAGUUGAUGCCAAGAAUUAUCAGAAACACAUCAGAAGACAAAUAAUUAAGCAAAAAUACUUUCGGGACUACGAGCCCAAAGAAGAGAACUUGCUGACAUGGGCCAUGAAGGAACAGUUGCGGUACUUGCACUUGUCUGAUCCAGACAUGUGGACACCCGAGGCGCUCUCACUGUCCUUUCCCAUCUCUCCUGCUGGUGCACAGAAAUUAUUAAAGGCAAAGUGGACGAUGAAGAGCGAAGCUGAUGUACAGAGACACGACCGUGCAGUUGCUGCUCGCUGGAAGCGGCACAUGAAAGGCAAACUGGGUAGCGCUACGCUCUUACAACAGACACUUAAUAUCACGAGCAACAAGGGCACUCAACUUGAGCCUACUAUUGGUGUAGAUGAGAUGCUUUCCACAUUAGAGUCACUUGAGUUUCAUAGUGAUGAGAAGCCUCACGUUGCUGAGGCUCUUAAGCUUAAAAACAAACUUCCAAAGGUGAAGAAGAUGAAGGGUGGCUCAUUUUCUAGCAUAAUAAAAGAUUAUGAAUCACAGGUGUCAGAGCUACAUAAAGUGUACCAGGAACCACACGACCCAAGCCCAUCCUCCCCUUCCCGGUGCCAUGAUAUAAGAGAAAUUACUCCAGCAACACCCACUUAUGAUGGCACAUACUCUCACGUUGCAUACCCAGCGGAUAAUAUACGUAAACGUUUUACAAAAGUCAAAAAAAGGGAAGAGAUGCUGACCUUCAGUGAAUUCAUGAAGACGAAAAAGCUGUAGUCAUCUUAUUUUUGUUGUAAAUUUUUCUAUUCCUUGUGUGCAUUUUAGUGUUUUUACUCUUUGCUGAUAAAAUCUGUACAUUAUUUGGCUAAAUAAAUCCUAUAAUGCAAUAUUUCAA